CUUUCUCCCCACGUCGCCACGGUUACGCCAAUCUGACCAUGUCUCACUCGGGCGCUCAAGGCAGCAUCGGCAGCCACUCCGCCAUGGGGCUGCGCGGUCACAAGAUAUACCUUUACGAGUUUGAGAACUUCCAGGGCCGGAGGACGGAUCUGUUCGGGGAGUGCCGCAACCUGUGUGAGAAGGGUCUGGAGAAAAUCGGCUCCAUCCGCGUAGAAAACGGACCUUGGGUGGGCUUUGAGCAGCAGAACAUGAGCGGUGAGAUGUUCAUCCUGGAGAAAGGAGAAUACCCCCGCUGGGACGCCUGGUCCAACAGCUACCGCUGCGACCGCAUCAUGUCGGUCAGGCCCGUCAAAAUGGAUCCCCAGGACCACAAAAUCUGCCUGUACGAGUGCCACAACUUUGAGGGUCGCAAGAUGGAGGUGUGCGACGAGGACAUUCCAAGCCUUUGGUCUUACGGCUUUCAGGACCGCGUGGCGAGCAUUCAGGUCACUGGUGGAACGUGGGUGGCCUACCAGUACCCUGGUUGUGGUUACCAGUACAUCAUGGAAGCGGGCUCCUACAAGCACUGGAACGAGUGGGGUGCGCACCACCCCCAGGUGCAGUCCAUCCGCAGGGUGAAAGACAUGCAGACGCACCGCCGGGGCUGCUUCGAGACGAGCGCCUAGACGCGGACGACCGCUUCUGAAUAUCGCCGCGCAUUUUGUCAGCACGAAAACAACCCGCAGAGGCGCUGCGCUGCUAUCGGUCCAGAAAGCAGCAGGUGGCGAACGCUCUCUGUCUCCACACCUCACCCCGAUCACCUUUUAUUCAUAGCUAGCCGUUUGUGUCGGAAAUAUGUUUCGGUGCUAUUUCAAGCUUUUUAUGGCAUUUAUAGUCACUCAGUUUUUGUUACAGUCGCAACGAUGCCCCUCAGCCUACAACACAGCAGUGGAAAUACAUUUACGGUAAAAAAAAAACCCAACAACUAGCAGUUCAGUUGCCGGAAUUUACCGUAAAAAUAACAGUGGUGCAGUUUUAGUAUUUGCAGAAAUACGGUGCAAACAAACAAAAAAAAAAAAUACCAGUGAUUUUACAGUAAAAAAAUUGGCAGCUCAGUCGCCUGAAUUUUACUGUGGAAAAAUAACAAUGGUGCCAUUUUUCUAUUUACAGUCAAGCACUUUAAAAACAACUGUAAAUGAACCUCAUUUACCGCUAAAAUAACAGUGGUACCGUUUUUUCAUUUACAGUGUGUAAAAACAAUGAUUGCAGAUUUUACGGUAAAAAAAAACGGAAGUUAAUUCGUCAAAAUAUACUGUACUUUCUGCAGCAAUACAAUGUCAAAAAAUAAAAAAUACCAGAGAUUUUACCGUAAAAAAAAACUGGCAGCUCAGUCGCCUAAAAUUUACUGUGGUACCGUUUUGUUCAUUUACAGUAAAUAACUGUAAAAACAAUGACUGUAGAUUUUACGAUAAAAAAAACAAAACUGGCAGCUCUGUCGCCUGAAAUUUACUGUAAAAAUAACAAUUGUACCAUUUUUCCAUUUACAGUAAAGCACUGCAAAAACAACUGUAGAUUUUUACGGUAAAAAAAAAAAAAGUCAGCUUAGUUGCCAAAAUUGACCAUAAAAAUAAAAUUGGUAAAGUGUUUUUUUUUUCAUUUACCGUUUUACUAUUUGCAGUAAUACGGUGCAAAGAAAAAUUACAAAUACCAGAGAUUUUACAGUAAAAAAAAUUGGCAGCUCAGUCGCCUGAAUUUUACUGUGGAAAAAUAACAAAGGUGCCAUUUUUCUAUUUACAGUCAAGCACUUUAAAAACAAAAACUGUACAUUUUAUGUAAAAAAAACAACAACCUCGCAGCUCAGUUGCCAACAUUUACCGCUGAAAUAACAGUGGUACCGUUUUUUUUCAUUUACAUGUAAAAAUAAUUAUUGUAGAUUUUACAGUAAAAAAAAAAAAAACGAAGUUAAUUCGUCAAAAUAUACCGUACUUUCUGCAGCAAUGCAGUGUAAAAAAUUUUUUAAAAAACUGAGAUUUUACCGUAAAAAAACUGGCAGCUCAGUCGCCUAAAAUUUACUGUGGUGCCGUUUUUUUCAUUUACAGUAAAUCACUGUAAAAAAAAAUGACUGUAGAUUUUACGAUAAAAAAAAACCCCAAAAACUGUCAGCUCAGUCGACAGAAUUUACCGUGAAAAUAAAAGUGGUACCGUUUUACGAUUUGCAGAAAAAAAAUAUAAAAACAAUUCGCAGAGAUUUUACAGUAAAAAAAAUAGCAGCGUAGUCGCCUGUAUUUUUACUGUAAAAAUAACAAUGGUACCAUUUUUCCAUUUACAGUAAAGCACUGCAAAAAAGACCUGUAGAUUUUUGGGGUAAUAAAACAAAAAAAUGGCAGCUUAGUUGCCAAAAUUGACCAUAAAAAUAAAAGCGGUACCAUUUUUUUUCAUUUACAGUAUGUAAAAACAAGGACUGUAGAUUUUACGGUAAAAAAAAAAAUGGGCAGUUCAGUCGCUAAAAUUUACCGUAAAAAUAAGUGGUACCAUUUUACUAUUUGCAGCAAUACAAUGUAGAAAAAAGUACUGGUAGCUCAGUCGCCUGAAAUUGACUGUAAACAUAACAAUGGUAUCAUUUUUUUCAUUUACAGUAAAGCACUGUAAAAACAGCGAUUGUAGAUUUUACAGUACAAAAAAAACUGGCAGCUCAGUCAGCAGAAUUGUACCAUAAAAAUAACAAUGUAUAAUUUUUCAAUUUACAGUAACACGGUGUAAAAACACUGUUUUCACAGUGUUUUACUGUAAAUAAAAAAACUGAUUUUUUAUUUAAACCGUAAAUAAGUAAAAACCUGGCAGCUCAGUUGCCUGAAUAUUACCGUAAAAAUAACAAUGUUAUCUAUUUUUGAAUUUUACAGUAUUGCAAUGUAAAAGCAAUAACUGUAGAUUUUACGGUAACAAAAACAAACUGGCAGCUCAUUCGCCAAAAUGUACAUUAAAAAUAACAAUGGCAUUAUUUUCUCUUUUACAGUAAUGCACUGUAAAAACUAUGACUGUAGAUUUUUAGGUUAAAAAAAAAACAGGCAGAUUUACCGUAAAAAUAAAAUGGAUGCAAUUUUUUUUAUAAAAAUAAAAUACUGUAGAUUUUUCAGUAAAAACAAAAGUGGUGUUUUUCCAUUUACAGUACCACUGUUUGUACACCGCAUUCAUCUAAAUACAAAAAUGCCACUUUUAUUUUUACAGUAAGUAAGUAAAAAGCUGGCAGCUCAGUCACCAAAAUGUUACCGAAAAAAACAACUGUGGUAGUUUUUCUAUUUACAGUAAUGCCCUGUAAAUAAAACGACGUAGAUUUUUUUACAGUAAAAAACUGACAGUUGGUAUUUCCUAAGAACACGCACACAAAUGGUGAUGUUGUCAUGCAACAAGAGGAAGAGUGGCAAGACUGUCCAUCUUGGGGCCGCUCCAAGGGCCCGUCAAGAAGAUUUACAUUUACACCUUCUCAGGGAUGCUGGCAUCUGGAAACUUUACAAUGGAAAUAAAUAUUUGAAAAA